ACGAAAAAAAAUGUCAAGAAAUCGUGAGAUUAUGUCCGAUUCUAGCGAAGAAGACGAUGAAGUCGCUUCCGAGGAAGAGUCUGACUCUGGGUUGAAACUCCAACAGACUCAAUCUGUGAUGAUGGCGAGGCAACAAUUGCCGCCCCCUUCUCCGACUCCUUCUUCUUCUUCUUCUUCAUCGGAGGAAGAAGAAUCUGAAACUGAAUCGGAUUCUGAUCCCGAUUUGAUGCACAGGCCACUUGCGUCGAAGCCAGUGGUUGUAGAGACUCAACUGAAGCCGGCGGUGAGAACAAUCCCCGCCACCAAUUCUUCCGAUGCUGCUGAUGUCGUUACUCCCAAACGCGAUAUUAAAAAUAAUACCAAGAAGUCUGCUGAGCCUGAGGCAUCGGAGAGGAAGUCUAACCUAUUCCAGAGAAUCUGGAGCGAGGACGACGAGAUUGUCAUCUUGAAGGGGAUGAUCCACUACUUAGCUAAGUAUAGAACAGAUCCAACUCAAGAUAUAAACACGUUUUAUUCUUUUAUCAAGGAAGAUCUUCAGGUUGAUGGUACCCGAACCCAGCUCAUCGAUAAAAUCAGAAGGAUGAGGCGGAAGUUCGAGAAGAAAAUCAAGAAUGGCAAAGAACCGAUGACCUUCUCCAAGCCCCACGAGAAGAAUGUUUAUGAUCUAUCGAAACAAAUUUGGGGGAAUAAAGAGAAGGAGACUGAGGUGAAGAAGGAGAGUGAAGCAGUGGUGGAGAAGAAGAGGAAGAGGGUGGACUUGAAUUACCGUGGGGCGAUGACCGUGGAGGAGAAGAUGAUGAUGUUUGGUGGAGACUUGUUUGAACCGGGAGAAGGCCUUAAGGGGGAAAAGGAGUGGAAGAAGCUUAGAGUUGAGGAAUUCCAGAAUUACCUUAAGCAAUUGGAGAUAAGAGUAGCUCAGACCAAGCUUGUUUUGGCUGCUAUGAUGAAGCACUCUUAGUUGGAUCAUUAUUUUUUUUUGCUUAUGGGAUUUUUUGCCUUCUAUUCCCAUUUCUAUUUUGCUAUUGAACUUGUUGGUUUCUAUCUUUUUCUGUCUUGGUUCUCUUACUAAUCUAUGUUUAUGUUUUGGGUUGAAGCCAAAAACAUU